UUGGUGGAAGUACAACAACGAUGCUAGUAGCAUUUUCCUUCUGUUUGGAAGGAUGGACGAGUUAAACAUGUGAAUUUUAUGUGCUUAAGAGUUCCUCGGUAUCUUGCAAUGAAAUCUAAACAGAGAAUCCCGUGGAAAGCCUCCUGAUCCACCAUGGACCACGACAGACGACACGGGCUUCAUUAUGUAAAUGGAAUGACAAGGCCAAUGCCUGUGGACAGGAAAAAGGACCACAACUACAAACUGAUUGUUGAUCCAUUCCUUCAUAAAGGACAUCCUCAGAAAGUUUAUCGGUUCGAUGGCGUGGUUCCUGGGGAGAAUCGCGUGGUUAGUACCCGGGACCCUCGAUCAAGGUUAACCCGGCUUUGGACCAGACAACAGCAGGCAGAUCUACCUGUCCCUAAAUUCAAGUAUGACGAAUAUUACGUGGGCAUUCCUCCACCCAAAGAUGUCACAUUUACCAACCUGAAUGACAACAUCAACAAAGAUUUCUUGGAAAAUAUGUGCAAAGGAUUUGGGAAAAUAGAAGAAUGCAAGAUUUACUAUCAUCCUCGAACCAAGAAACAUUUAAGUAUUGGCAAGACACUGUUUACCUCUUCCAAGGCAGCCAAGGCUUGUGUGGACAAAUUAAACAACACCUCAAAGAUGGGAAACAUUAUCAAUGUAUUCAUUGAUACUAUGGGGAAAGAAAGAAAUCGGAUGAUUGAAGAAUUGACAUCAGAGCAGCAAAGACGCCCUGAGCGAGCUGCAUCCCCGAGUCGACGGAAUGCAAGGCUCUCAGACGGUAGCUUCGCAGACAUGGAGGCAUAUGAUCCAGGGGAUACAUUUGAUUUGGGACAAGGGGAGCAGGAUUAUACCCCCAGCGUGGAGACAGAAUACAGCAGCUACUCAGAGGGCGGGUACUCUGUGCCACAGUCUGAAAUGAGCUUCUCCAGCCAGGACACAGGGUAUUCCUCAGCCAGUAACGCCAUCGGCAUGGGGUACCACAGGGAUGGGUAUAACCACUAGCGCGAGAACCUCCCCCCAACACUUCACACCAUGGUAACAACUACUACCACAGCCAGCAGUACAGCGGAGGCAACCAUCACCAUCCUCCUGCUCAGCACCGACACAAGCAGCACCACCAUCAACAUCAUCAUCAGCAACAUCACCAUGGCGGGCAUGUCGUGCACCACCAGCCCCCUGCCACACCCGCAUCGACACACCCCGCAGGCUACACCUCACUUCUCCAUGAUGGGGCAGGACAUGGACAAUAGCCAGUACGGCUUUUAUGCCCCACCCCCUCCCAUACCUAAGCCUCCAUUUGACCGCCCUCCACCUCCCCUACCACCAGAGCCACAACCCCCUCCCCCUGAUCACGGCUUCCAUCAGUCACACCAUGCUCAGGAUCACUCAAGGUUCAGUCAUAACAAAAAUAAAAAGAAGCGGUCACGGGAGUCAAAGCUGCCUCCGCCUCCCCGGCAGCCGUCACCAGAGAUGAACAGUGAUGAACCACGUAUGGAGAGCUUGGAAUCCCGUAUCCAGAGCUUGCUGCAGAAUGUUCACGGAAUGGGUAGCCCUGACCACACUUCCAGCUCAAGUCAGGACGAGGCGACGCCUUCACAUACCACGGCCCGCGAGUCCCCAUUUGACUUCCACCCACCCCCUGCUGCUGAGUCCCUGCCCCCUCUCCCAGAACUCACCCAAGAUGACUUGACCCUGUCUCCUGCACCUGGUCAGGCUGAGGGUGGGGGAGAGGAGGGCGGGGCAACGAGAGAAGAGUUUGAGAGCCAAAUGUUGGACAGCCAGACGGUUAUUGAGGAGACGGUGAACACAGAGCCACCGGUCACACCAAGCGGGAACAGCCUGCAGAAUGGGGUGGUGUCCAGUGCGGCACCUCCAGAGGGAAUGUCUGAGGCUCCUGGUGAUGAUGAGGAUGACCGUAUGAGCCUGUCAUCCAUUAGUAGUGGAGAGGAAAAACUAGAGAUUAACCCGCCCCUCCCAUCAGCUUCCUCCGCCCCCAGUACCUCCACGAACUUUACCCCGCCCCAUGCUGCCCAGCCAACUUCUUCUGUCAGUGGCACUUCGCCCUGGGCACCUUAUAAUUACGGGAACCUAAUCGGCAGCCCCCCUCUGGGUGGAAUGCAACCGGGUACAUACCAGAACGGAGUCUAUGGCAUGAGCCCGGGGCAACUCAUACCCACUCAGGAAGAGAAAGAAGACCCGAAUGAUAAGACUUUCACAACUGUUCUCGACAAGUUUGUCAAAGAGCUCAAAACUAUCAUGCAAAAAGACUUGUGUAAAAAGAUGGUAGAGAAUUCAGCAUUCAAGGCAUUCGAGGCUUGGUGGGAUGGUGAAGUAUUAAAAUCAAAGACAUGUCAGCAGGUGGAGAAAGCACCAGAGCCUGUUACCAGCACAUCUACCAGCCUCCCUAAGCCAAAGACAGACAUCAAACCUGAGAUGAGUGCAUCGCUAGCCUCACUGUUUGAGUCUCGAGACCGUGGUGGACUGGACAACAGUGGCAUGGGUUAUGGAGGCUUCUUGGGAAUCCGUGGUGGAAUGCCAAAGUUACCCUCCUUCAAGCGCAAGUUCCAUCGGCCGUCGCCACCACCAGAAGGAGAUGAAGACUCUAGGAAACUGGACGCUAAGUCUGUGGAUGAAGAAGAGUCAGAUGAAGAAGAAUCGGCUGGCUCCAAACAGAAGCCUCUGAUCAGCGAGAGCGAGGAAGAGUCGGAAUCCUCUGAUGAGGAGAAAGAGGAUGCCUCUGCUGAUGAGGACUCUGCUGACGAGGAUGGUAGCGAGGAAAGCAGCGAGGAAGAGGAGGAGGAGGAGUCUGAGGAUAGCAGUGAGGAGGAAGAGGAAGACUCUGAGGUGGAGGAGGAGUCAGUGGAGACUCCUGCCAAACCUCAGGGUGAGGCCGAGGUGAAGGUCAAGGACACGGAGGACAGAGUGGAAGAGAAAAUGGAGGUGGAAAACUCUGACGAGGAGGAAGAGGAGGUGGAUGUGGGUACAGAAGCAGACAUCGGUCAACUGCCUCCGUCUGACAGAGACACGAGUCACCAGGACAGUGAGGACAGUGAGGUAUCCAGCAUGGACACUGACGAGGAAUCGGCUGCCAAGGAUGUUAGCGUCAAGGAAUCACCAGAGAAGCGGCCUUUGUCUCCAAUACUCGAGGAGAAGGAAGCAGAGGAGCAGGCAGUUUCUGUAGUCAAGGGAGAUAAAACUGAUGGGAUAGAAACAUCUGCAACAACGACGACGAGUACCGACACCACAACAACCUCCACUGAGUCUAGUGCUAUGGACAGUGAUUCCAGUGCUGUAGAAACUAGUUCCAAAAAGCUUGGGAAGAAGAGUAGGAGGCGGGGCACAUCGGUGUCUGGUCCCGAGAAAGAGAGUGUUACAUCAGAAUUAUCUGAAAAACAGUCUGUAGUGGAGCCGGCUGAAGGUCCGGAAACAGUGAUAACAGAGGAUGAUACUGUUUGUGUGACAGAGGAAAUUCACGACUCUGAAAGCUCUCAUAAACUGUCCGAAUCAGAGGCAGAGCAGCGUUCGCACUUCAUGGUGCCAGCCAUCGCUGAGCAUGACUACUUUAGCUUCCCACCUGUUAGUAAAGACGAGACAACUGCUGACUCGGACCAGACUGAAUCCGCAGAUGAAGACUCAGAGACUUUGUCAGAAGUUCUGGUUGACCACAACUAUAGCCUGCCUCCAAUUGUCAUGGACCAAGUCAAGAUUGGCGAGGCAGUCCUAACGAAGGAAUCUGUUAUGUCCCCCAAACCUGCCAAAGAACCCAAAAAGAAAGCAAGGAUGAAGAAAUCCAAGACCAAUACUCUAGCAGACAUCACAAACCGCCCGGAGGAUAAGAUCAGUCGAGAAUUGGCCAGUCUUUUGACCCCGGUCAAACCAUUACCCAGAUUUAAAUGUCGGACUUUCCAAGAGGAACGCCAGAUUUUUUUUGACAUUUAUGACCGGGGGAUUUCAGAAGAGGAUGUGAAGUAUUUAAAAAGAUCAUACGAUGAAUUAAUACAGUCGGAUGACCCAAGUUUAUACUGGCUCAAUGACAUUUUGUGGGUUGAUCAUACGCACACGGAUAUUCCGGAUAUUCUUCCUACACCAGUCAAAAAGCGGAAAAAGGCGGAAGAUCUUACUCCUAAACUACACAAAACAGGUUGUGCCAGGUCUGAGGGCUAUUACAAACUCACUAUGAUGGAAAAGGCUGGUUAUCUCCGUCACGCCCACAUUCAACAAAAGGCAGCUGAAGAUAUGAAAAAGAUUCAGGAGGGAAAGAAAGCCCAAACUUCACGAGAGGCUCGGCACCACAAUAGGCGGUUACAGACGACCUACUCUGACCUAGAAACCGACCUCUUGCGUUUCAAUCAGCUUAAGUUCCGAAAGAAGCAGCUGAAAUUUGCCAAGAGUGGUAUCCACGACUGCCUGUUUGCACUGGAGCCUAUCGCUUCUGAGGAGAUGGUCAUAGAGUAUGUGGGCCAGGUAGUGCGGCAGUCCAUCGCGGGAGCGGAGAAGCGUUAUGAAGCCAUCGGCAUCGGCAGCAGCUACCUGUUCAGGGUGGACACCGAGACGAUUAUUGACGCCACCAAGACAGGCAAUCUGGCACGGUUUAUCAACCAUAGCUGCAAUCCAAAUUGUUACGCCAAGAUCAUCACUGUUGAAGCACAGAAGAAGAUUGUGAUUUACUCCAAGAGAGAUAUUGAUGUGAACGAGGAGAUUACCUAUGAUUACAAGUUCCCAAUAGAAGACGAGAAGAUCCCGUGUUUGUGUGGUGCCCCAGGGUGCCGUGGAACCUUGAACUGAGGACACAUAAGCAGGUACAGUGGAUAGUCUUGUACAGUCAAUGGUGCCGAGCUGGAGCUCACGCUAGCAGUUUGUCUCUGAGCAGUGGAAGGACUUCGUGCAGUGCUAGUUGUGUGGAACUUUCCUUCUUUGUGGAAAAUGAUAGGAUAUGCUGGACUCUCAGAGGGAUAUAAUAACCAGAUACAGAGGAUAGUCCUUGUACAGUCAAUGGUGCCGAGCUGGAGCUCACGCUAGCAGUUUGUCUCUGAGCAGUGGAAAGACUUCUUGCAGUGCUAGUUGUGUGGAACUUUCCUUCUUUGUGGAAAUGAUAGGAUAUGCUGACUCUCAGAGGAAUAAGAUAGCCAGAUCAUCUUUUACAGUUUGUCCCAGAGAGCUGUUAUACUGAACUCUAGUGGUUCGUGAAUUAUACGGUGUUCUUCAAGAGAAACAACCUCAGGUUAAAUUGCAUAUGCUCUUGAGAGAUGUGUUAUUAAUUAACCACAUAUUUGCUCUAGUGCUAGUUCUUUGGAAAGGAUUUUAGUGUGGAAUUGACUGGAUAUUAUAUUAUACAUCAAUGGAAUCAAAUCAGUGGAGUUCAUCCAUGGGUAUUGAAUGAGGAACUUGCAAAAAGGAAGUUGAUUUGGUGAUUGCUCAGCGAAAAUAUUUUUGUGCAAGUCCCAGCAUGGACUCCUUGCUGUGGAAACUGGUAAAUGGCACUCUCUAAUGUCUGUGCUGGCGGGUUUGCUCCAUUUAAAGAAAACACAAGCAGAACAUUGGUUGGUG